CCGCGCGCGCCAUCCGGAUCCGCAGCCGUCGCCCGCCCCGGCUCGCCCUGGUCCUCGGGAGCCGGCCGCGGCUGGCCCGGCGCAGGAGCCUGCAGGGAGGGCCGCGGGCUGGCGGUCCGAGCCCCACGCCUUUAGGAAGAAUCAUGAGGUUCUCUUGGAAACUCUUCAAGAGGAAGAUGGACAGAGCCGCUUAAAAGAGAUUAAAGACCGCAGACCGCAAGACUGGGGCCAGAGGGCUGGCAGUGGAAAACCCUGCUGAGUUGUGACCUCUCACUGAAAAGUUCUAGGUGCCUUUUUGCUUCUUGCAAAAAAAAGGAAGAGAAGGAGAAGACCAUGUCCAUAGCUUUGAAGCAGGUGUUCAACAAGGACAAGACCUUCCGGCCCAAGAGGAAAUUUGAACCUGGCACACAGAGGUUUGAGCUCCACAAACGGGCUCAGGCAUCCCUCAACUCAGGCGUGGACCUGAAGGCAGCUGUGCAGCUCCCCAGUGGGGAGGACCAGAACGAUUGGGUGGCAGUACAUGUGGUGGACUUCUUCAAUCGGAUCAACCUCAUCUAUGGCACCAUCUGUGAGUUCUGCACGGAGCAGACCUGUCCUGUGAUGUCAGGGGGCCCCAAAUAUGAGUAUCGGUGGCAGGAUGACCUCAAGUACAAGAAGCCAACUGCCCUGCCAGCUCCCCAAUACAUGAACCUUCUUAUGGAUUGGAUUGAGGUCCAGAUCAACAAUGAGGACAUAUUUCCAACAUGUGUGGGUGUUCCCUUCCCAAAGAACUUCCUUCAGAUCUGCAAGAAGAUUCUGUGCCGCCUUUUCCGAGUCUUUGUCCACGUCUACAUCCACCACUUCGACCGGGUCAUUGUGAUGGGUGCAGAGGCCCAUGUCAACACCUGCUACAAGCACUUCUAUUACUUCGUCACAGAGAUGAACCUCAUAGAUCGCAAGGAGCUAGAGCCUUUGAAAGAGAUGACGAGCAGGAUGUGUCACUAACACCCCACCUUACUUUCGGAAGACCAGAGGAAAGCUCUUUCCUCCUGGAGUCCUGAGAAGGAAGACCUCCCUGGCUGAAAUGGCACACCUACUUCCAGGAGCAGGAGAGGUGGAGACAAGCGGUGAUUCCUGAGAGACGUUCCCCACUCACGCUGUGUGCUCUUAACCCUCCGAGUGCUGCUAGCCACGACCUGUGGACCUGACCACAGCGUGCAAGAAGGACUGCCCACCCCAACCCCUUCUGGCUCUCAGUUGCCCCAAGGACGCCUCUGCACUUCUGUGUGCGUCGCAGCUCUGCCUGUGACCUGCUGCCUAAGCUUUACUGGAAUUCAGGUUUUGAGACUGAGACACUUAUUUGUAUUUUCCACUUCGGUCUUGUCAACUGGCCAACUUUUCUGUAAUGUGUUUUCUAAGUACCAGGUGAAUUUUGGAACUCUGGAUGAGCAGCAAGUUUUUCUAUAACAAGUCUUCCUUUCAAUGUUCCCACCCUGAUCUGAUGCCGUGGUUUAACUUCAUGCGGAGCCAUAUAGCCAUGACAGAUCUAAGACCCACCCUACAGCCUCAACAUGAUUUCCCUAUUAGGCAUUUUUAUCAGGGACCCCUCCAUGACCCCGAACAAACUUUAACUACAGGGAGGAGACCGGCCACUAACAUAAAACUGACGAGUUACCAGUUAACUCUGAACAGAAUGUGUUUUUUAUAACCACACCAUUCCUGUUUCUUCUAUUCAAGAUACUUUCUUCCUGUUUCCCAGAUGAGAGGAAUAAAAGGAAGUUAUAAAUGACCAAGAAUGAUCAGCAGAAGCCCUGAGCCAGAUAGAUUAGUGCAGUGUUUGUUCUUGACCAAACGGUAGGGAAUUGUGGCUGUCUCUACCUAAUACUAAAAUUUCACUUUAAAAAAAAAAAAAAAGAAGAAGAAGAAGUGCAAUUGGUUAUUUGGUGCACAUAGCUCAGACAGCCAGCUCAUUGACUUGUAGCCUUCCCAGCUGGCCCUCUGACCUCCUACAUCCAGCCCGUGUUUUCUUUCUCUUCCUCUGUACUACCCCCUCCCUGGCUGGUUUGUAUUAUGGCACAAAAUUAAUUUCUGCCCCUGUGAUUGUGCCACAGUUGCCAAGGUAACAGUGGAACUGGAGCUAACUUCCUUCUUCCAUUCCCUCCCGGUUUUCCCAUUCCAGUAAACAGAAUAACACAUUCUGUGUUACAUCCUGCCUUUUGAAACCCAAGUGAGUCUUAGUGGAAGAAACAGUUGCCUUCUCUGCUUCAUUCGUGAAACUGGUGAUGGUCCUGAGAGCCUGUGACUAGGGGGUGAUAAUACUCCCAGUGAUCAUUUGAAUUUGACAAAAUAGCAGUUGGUGGAGGGAAGUAGAUAAGAAUGUUUUAGUGUAUUUUAAUGUAACACCGAUUAAAGAAUAACUAAACAACUCUGAUUUCGUUUCAUUAUAUGUAACGCGUUAAAGCCAUUCAUGGCUGCCACAAGAGCCGAGAAAGCAUGAGAUUUUUUUGUCCAAAGAAAGGGCUGACCCAGUCUGGGCACUGUGGCAUCCUGUCCUAACCCAACAAACCAUCCUUUGCUUCCGAUCUUGUCAAAGUCGUCUCGUGGAAUCCAAAUGCUGCUACCUCUUUCCAUAUUGUUGUGUUCUGGUCAAAAACAAACAUACCCUCUUCCCUUUUUUGGCUUCCUAAGAUAACUCUGAGAGGACAAGAUAGGCAAAGAUUCUUCUCAGCAUCAUCUUUGGCUGAAAGAAUAUCUGACUGUCCUAAGGAUCCAGAGAACAAAGAAAUAAGACCCCCUAUUCCCAACCUAUGCAAUACACACGCAGUAAGCACUGCAGGGGAAUGUCCAGCUGAGGGACAGAGAAAUAAGUGACAGCAGGGAGCCCAGGCUCUGGGAACAACUCUGAAGCUUUGCCGCCAUGGAAAACCACAGGAUUUUAGCAUUAAAAAGUUGACCAUGUUCCUGCAUUUCAAUGAUGCCUAAUCAAGCAGGAUGCUGGAUUCUGAAGACAUUUGUUACUAAUUCUUUUUAAGGUUCUUUUCUAUUAACUGUUUGUGUGUAUGAAAUUUCCAUUCAAUGUAAAAGACCGAAUAUUGUUUAAACUUCUUGGCACAAUUUCCUCCUGGUUAUAUUUCUAAUUACAUUAAUCAACUCUUCUAGGAUAAGUUCUGGCAAACUGCUCUUAUUUUUUAAUUAGAGUAUUCCUAUUCCUGCAGAACUUUGUUUGGCAAAUUCUAAAGAAAAUUAUCACAGGCAAUUUUUUAUCUCUUUGACCUGACUACAUCCUAAGUACAUCUCAUUGCAGAGGGGGAUCUGAGCUCCUGGCAAUGCUUCAAGCACCUCCAGCUCUCUGGCUUUGAGCCUGACAUUCUGCUUCUUCCUCCUCACCUGACAGGCUCUCCUUCAUUUCCCACUUUUUUUUUUUUUUUUAAGCUGGGUAUUACAUGUCUCCGCCAGCUGUUUUUUUUUUUUUUUUUCAUUUUAUUUUGAGAAGUUUCAAAGUGGAAAUUUAAAAAGAAAAGAUUACGAUGAACAUUCAUGUCCCCUUCACUUAUGUGCAUCAGUUGUUAACAUUUUUUUAAUUAUUUACUUUUUCCAAAUAUUUUCUCUUUCUCUCGGGAAAUAUACAUUCUUCUAGGUGAACCAUUUCAAAAUAUGUUGCAGACAUCAUAAAACCUUAAAAAACUUUGUCGAUUGCCCCAAAAAUGUUUAUAGCUUUUGAUAUUGUUGUUUAUCCAGGAUCCAAUUAGGAAUCACACAUGGCAUUUGUUGUCAUUCUCUUUAGUUAAUGGGUUAGAGUUCUUCUGUAUGUAUGUGUGUGGCAUGGUGGUGGAGCGUGUGUGUUGUGUGUGCGAUGACACUGACAUAAAGGAGUUCAGGCUGUUUUUUUGGUAGAAUGUUUUACAAUCUGGAUUUUUUUUCUGAUUGUUUCCUCUUUAUUAGACUCAGUUAUACUUUAUUUUUUUUAUUUAGGAAGAAUACUACGUAAGUGAUGUUUCCUUCCUAUUGCAUUUAUCAGGAAGUAUAUAAUGUCUAUCGUCUCUUGUCAUGAUAUUAAGCUUGACCAGUGGGUUUAGGUGUUGUCUGCCCGAUUCAUUCAUUUUAAAGGUACAUAAUUCACUAGGAAGCUCUGAAAUUCAACAUGCACACGUUUUAUAGAGUUUGAGGCUGUGCACAUGUGCAUUCCUUUCUUCAUAUUCUCAAAGUGGUCCACAGUCUCCAAAAGAUUAUAACCAUUGCAGUUAAAUGAUGUAACAAUGAUAAAGGAUUCAUGACUUCCUGUUUAACAGAAGGAACAGUAAGACGGGCAGGACAUUAGUAUGCUAGCUGAUGAGAAAUUGUGCGGUCCCUGUAGCCAGAGCUGAAAUAUGUUUUUCGUUUGUUUGUUUGUUUUUUGCUCCCAUCCUCAAUGACUUCCCAUUCAGACCCAUGGUUUAUUUUAGAGAGCAUGCAUUCUCAAUGAAGGUGAUUAUUCAAGGGUGCAAAAACUGUGGGGUUUUUUUGGUGAGGGAAGGAAUCUUAGAAUUUACAAUGGGUUGUGGCCCUUCAGGGGGCCAUAGUACAUAAACAAAUAUAAAGUGUAUAUGUGGUAUUAAAGUUUCAUGAGGAUCAUUAGGAAUAAAAUUUCUUUAAAAACUCCUUAGGAUGAUGAUAAUAAAAAAGGUUGAGAAAUACUCAACUAGAGUCAGAUUCUGCCUCUUAGGUGUUCAUUCUCUCUUCCUGAGUGUUUUCUCAUUUCUAAGAGCUAGGAUGAGUGGAAACAACUUCAAGAGCUUUCUUAAGCUGUUCCUUCUACCCUCCCAAACCAUAUCAGUCACAUUCCCACGGAAAACCCCAUUCUCCUCUUGAAGACCUCAGGCAGAGACAUUCUACAGCAUCCUUUGGUAUACCGCAGUGAACACUUUACAUCUGAAUUCCUUCCAUUUAGCCUGAGCCAAACUACUAUCUUUUCAUCACACCUUUCCUAGUGUCUCACAUUAAGAAAGAUCCAAAGAUUAUCUAGGAUAAGAAGAAGCAUAAUAAAUGAGAGCCUUAUUGGCAGAUCCAGUAAGUAUGUGAAGACUGUUACCAAAUGUCCUUCAGCCUUCUUUCCCUUUGGCUCUCCCAUGGGCAGAAUUCUCCUGGAAGCCUUCUUGCUCUUGCUCCGUUGCUAACAUUUCUGCCAUUAAUGUUCAUUUGAGCCCUUUCCUGGGCUUUCCAUGUCACUGUGUGUUAUGGAUGUAGCCAAUAGUGAAUGUGUAAGAAAUUAUCGCAUACUUUCUCCAAACUCUGUGUGGUGUCUUUGCUAAGUCCUGACUUGCAUUUAUAAGUUUUCUUUUCUAUUUGUCCGUGCUAAAUCCAUUUUGAUUUAUCUUCCUGAGUUUCCUUCAUUUUUACCUUUAAUAUUCCUCAUCCAAUCACUCUGUUUUGUUUUAAUCCCUUCUUUAAUUGGCAAAGCGUUAGGAGACUUGGAUGGAGUGCCUCUCAUUUUUUGGUGGUGAUUUAAGCCAAAUCGUCAUCUGGUCAUUGAUGGAAGCAUGUCAUUCCCUGUGGUCUCUGACCUUCUAUGACUUCCACACCCCAUGGGUAUCACACUGUAAGUCAAAGAAAUAUCAUGGGACAAGUAUAGCUAUGUCUUCAAGAAGUGUGUAUAAAGGCAAAAUCAUGAGAAGGAGCCAGAUGUGUCACUUAGAUAAUACUGUUGUCAUUUGUGCUUGGAUCAUUUUGGUCCUUGAGAGUGAGAGUGAGAAUCUAGGUGAUUCUCUCCUAGAAUUAGCCAAACAAAGUACUUUGGAGAUAGAAAGUUCUUUCCCUGCUUUAAAAAGUAUGUCAGCAACCAAAAACUUAUAACAGAUUGUUUCCAUCUGGAUGGUUAUUAAUUCUGGAUAGGAAGUUUUUGAUGAAUAAAUAAGGAUUUUUGUAACUUUCAAAGGGGAGACUCCAUUUCUAAUCUGACAUUUAAACUGUAUUACUAACUUUUAGUGUUCUAAUUUCAAGGUUUUCCUGUAUCUUUUCUAAUUGCAUCAGAAAAAAUGUAUACCAUAUUUAAUUCCAUUUGUGAUUAAGUGUUUGACUAUAAGAACAAACUAAUACAAUUAUAUAAAUUAGAAAAGCCAGAGGAAAUGAAAGGAUAUUUAUGAAAUCAGUUCAUGUGAGCUUAGGAUUCAAAUGUCACAAAUAAAAGACACAUAACCAUCA